CCCACUGCGCCCAGCAGGCUGCGCCGCGGCGGGCGGCACUUCCGGUACUAGGCCUCGGCGGGGGGAGGGGACCGGGCCGCAACCGCCGCGGGCCGAGUGCGAUGCGGGCAGAGCCGUAGGGGUGGCGGAGCGGCGGCACCAUGCUCAUCGACAACGUGGACGCGCUCAAGUCCUGGCUGGCCAAGCUGCUGGAGCCGAUAUGUGAUGCAGACCCAUCAGCCUUAGCCAACUAUGUUGUGGCAUUAGUUAAGAAAGACAAACCAGAGAAAGAGCUAAAAGCUUUCUGUGCUGAUCAGCUGGACGUCUUUCUGCAAAAAGAAACUUCAGGUUUUGUAGAUAAACUUUUUGAAAGUCUGUACACAAAGAGUUACCUUCCUUCUCACGAACCCACGAAAGUAGAAGCGAAGCCUGCAGGUCAGGAAAAAGAAGUCAUCAAGGAGGAGUUGUCUGUUAAACAGAAUUUUCAAGAAUCAGUUGAAGAAGAACGGGAUAGCAGGAAGAAGAAGCAUUCUAGUCCACAGAGAAGCCGUGCGGAUUCCAGUGAACAAAGAUCCAGAGAGAAAAGGAGAGAUGAUGGAAAAUGGAGGGACUAUGACAGAUACUACGACAGGAGCGACUUGUACAGAGACAAGUCCAGCUGGCGGCGAGGCAGGAGUAAAAGUCGUAGUAAAAGCAGAGGGUUGAGUCGAAGUCGUAGCCGCAGCAGGGGUAGAAGCAAAGACCAUGAUGCAAACAGAAGUGUUGAGCACCGUGAGAGAUCAAAAUUCAAGAGUGAACGAAAUGAUGUUGAAGGCGCAUAUAAUCCAGUUUCUGCGUCUGCCAGUAACUCUACUGAACAGUAUUCUUCUGCACAAUCUAUUCCCAGUGCUGUUACUGUAAUUGCACCUGCGCACCAUCUUGAAAACACAACAGAGAGUUGGUCAAAUUAUUAUAACAAUCAUAGCAAUCCCAGUUCAUUUGGCAGAAAUCCUCCACCUAAGAGAAGAUGUCAAGAUUAUGAUGAGCGAGGAUAUUGUGUACUUGGUGAUCUUUGUCAGUUUGAUCAUGGAAACGAUCCUUUAGUAGUAGAUGAAGUUUCCUUGCCAAGUAUGAUUCCCUUUCCUCCACCACCCCCGGGACUUCCACCCCCUCCUGGUAUGCUUCUGCCUCCCAUGCCAGGUCCAGCUCGCAGUUUGAGGAUACCAGUUCCACAAGCUCAUCCACAGGCACCACCUCCUGUUGUGCUUCCUGUACCAAGACCACCUUUAACUCAGUCCAGUCUGAUAAAUAACCGUGAGCAGCCUGGGACGAGUGCAGUGCCCAGUCUGGCGCCUGUAGGAGCAAGGCUGCCUCCUCCAUUACCCCAGAACCUACUGUACACAGUGUCAGAACAUACAUAUGAGCCAGAUGGCUAUAACCCUGAAGCUCCUAGUAUUACCAGUGCUGGUAGAUCUCAGUAUCGACAGUUCUUUACAAGAGCACAAACGCAGCGUCCAAAUCUAAUUGGCUUAACAUCUGGGGAGAUGGAUACAAAUCCAAGAGCUGCCAAUAUUAUCAUCCAGACCGAACCUCCCAUUCCCAUUACAAAUAAUAGCAGCAAUGUAACUAGAGUUGUGCUGGAACCAGACAGCAGAAAAAGGUCUCCAAGCAGUUUGGAAUGUCCACCAUUGAAGAAACCAUGGCUGGGAAAGCAAGCAAAUAAUAACCAGAAUAAGCCAGGUUUUUUGAAAAAGAAUCAGUACACUAACACAAAAUUAGAAGUUCGAAAAAUUCCACCAGAAUUGAACAAUAUUACACAACUCAACGAGCACUUCAGCAAAUUUGGAACUAUUGUGAACAUUCAGGUUGCUUUCCAGAAUGAUCCUGAAGCUGCUCUAAUUCAGUACUUAACUAAUGACGAGGCUAGGAAGGCAAUUUCAAGCACAGAGGCAGUUUUAAACAAUCGGUUUAUAAGGGUGCACUGGCACAGAGAAAGUGAACAGCAGCCCCCAUUGCUGCAGCAGCAACAGCAGCAGUCACCCUCACAGUCUCUUCAUCACCAGCUUCACCUUCAGCAGCAAGCCCUGACCCCAAGUCCUGCUGUAACAAUGCAUAGUAGUAUGUCAAAGGCAGUGAAUAAACCGCUGGCAUCUGGUGCCUAUGUCCUUAAUAAAGUCCCGGUGAAACGUCGCCUUGGAGCAGCAGGUGGAAAUCAGCCUGAUUUAAGUCAGGCUGGGGCUGUAGUAGAGGACUCUCAGACCUUUCCUACUCCUACAAGCCACUCCAAAAUGGUUUAUAGUUCUUCAAACUUAAAGACAGCUAUGAAGCCUGGUGCAGGAUCUAAACCUCACGAUGUACAAGAAGCUCUUAAGAAAAAGCAGGAGGCAAUGAAACUCCAACAAGACAUGAGGAAAAAGAAGCAAGAGAUGUUAGAAAAACAAAUAGAAUGCCAGAAGAUGUUGAUAUCCAAGCUGGAGAAAAACAAGACCAUGAAACCUGAAGAGAGAGCAGAAAUAAUGAAGACGUUAAAAGAACUAGCAGGAAAAAUAUCUCAAUUAAAGGAUGAGUUAAAAACUUCAUCUACAGCCUCUACACCAUCAAAAUUAAAGUCCAAGACAGAGGCACAAAAGGAGCUUCUGGAUGCAGAACUAGACUUCCAUAAAAGACUCUCUUCUGGAGAAGACACAACUGAACUGCGGAAAAAACUAAAUCAGUUACAAGUAGAGGCUGCCCGUUUAGGCAUUUUGCCCGCUGGCCGAGGGAAGACGGUACCAGCCCAAGGAAGAGGACGAGGACGGGGUCGUGGUGGGAGAGGAAGGGGCAUGUUAAAUCACAUGGUGGUAGACCAUCGUCCCAAAGCACUAACAGUUGGAGGAUUCAUUGAAGAGGAAAAAGAUGAAUUGCUGCAGCACUUCUCUAAAUUUGGAGAUAUCGAGGAUCUCCAGGAAGAAGAUUCCCCGCUAAGUGUUGUUCUAACUUUUAAAUCUCGCUCUGAAGCUGAGAACGCUGCUAACCAGGGAUCCAAGUUUAAAGACCGAAGGCUACAGAUAUCAUGGUACAAACCUAAGGUACCCUCUGUGUCGACAGAAGUUGAGGAAGAGGAAUCUAAGGAAGAGGAGACUGAAACCUCAGAUUUGUUUUUGCACGAAGAUGAUGAUGAUGAGGAUGAAGAUGAGGAUGAAUCCCGUUCUUGGAGAAGAUGAAACUUGAUGUUGGAAAUGUAUAAUUUUAGGAAUAUAGUUCAAGCUAUAUCUUUUAGACGUUUAUUUAAGAAAGUUGAUGAGCCAAAAAAAGCUUUACUUUCUUUUCAAACCACAAGACUUAAAGUGAGCAAAGUUUGUUAUAAAAACAUUUCAGAUCUAGAGCUGUGAUGCCAAGCUAGCCAAAGGCCCAGUAACUUUUUAUAGACUUAUCAAGCUCACCGGGAUGGUGAUUCUUUUCUAUUUAAGAAGGAUAACAAAGAGAGAAAGAAAACAAAUAUUAUUAGUAUUUUCUUGUCCUCUUUUUGUGUCACCCUCUAUUACCUUGUUUUGGGUUUUUUAUAAUGUGAUUGAUUUGUUAGCUUAUAAUUGAACAGAUGUUACAGGUUUUAUUUAGCAAUAUUCUAGGCUUGGGGGAAAGACACAACCUUUCAUUAAAUGUUAUGAAAGAAAAAAAUGCCUCAUUUACUAAUUGAAAAAAGGUAGCAUUUGAUUUCAUAUGCAAUCACUUACUGUAGAAAUUAGCAGUGGCUAAAUUCCUCGGACAUUCACUUAGGGAUGUUUGACAGCCACGCUGUUCUGUAUUUGCUUUGUGAGAGGGGAUGGAAAAAGUAAUUGAGCAGGGUAUUACUGUAACACUGUCCAGUUCACUGUGUUUCUUCAAAUCCUGCUUCACAGUAACAUCAGCAGUGGCACAGGUUUGAGUUCAGUGUUUACUCACCAACGAUCUCCUUCUGUAGUUCAGUGUAAGGUUCCAGUUUAAGCUAGGCUGUUCAUCUGCUGCGUUUCUGUAUCUGUGAGCUUGAGUAUAACGAGCUUCGUACUUUCCCCCAGAACAACUAAAUUGGCAACUGCUUUCCAGCCCUUAGAAACUCUUCUUCCUCCCCGUGUUCUAUUUGUAUUCGAGCCGAAUCCGUAAGAUGUUCCGAGCAAGCUGCCUUUCAGUCAGCGGGGGGUGCAGCUGCAGGCGGCCCUGUGCAUGGCACUGUGCUGUGCAUGGUGCUGUGCUGGGUGCUGUCCAUGGCACUGUGCUGUGCUGGGCGCUGUGCUGGGUGCUGUGCAUGGCACUGUGCUGUGCUGGGCGCUGUGCCGGGCGCUGCGCUGUGCUGUGCAGGGCAGCAGGCCUGGCUGGGCAGUGCUGCUUGUCUGAAGUACAGUUCUGUUCAGACGCAGCUAAGAUGAGCACCUUGACAUUCUCAGCUGCCUUAUCUCUGUGCUAUUUAAAAACACACACCCGCGCCCACGAGUGGCAUGUAUAGUGGUGGAAGUGAGGACAGCGAGCUUAGAUUCCGAAGCCAUGGCUCUUAACUGCUCCGUGGCUUUUGCGGUUCACGAACAUCAGUGUCAUCCCGUAGGCAUUUCCCUUGGCUGUGCAUCUGUACAGCACACUUCUCAGUACACUUUGAUGUACUCUUCUGUACAAAAUAAACUGAAUGUCAGUGAAAAAUGCUCUCCUCUUUUUAGUUUACCAGAGUAUUUGCCAGCAAGUUCCCGACUGAAGAAAAUGUACAGAAAGUCCUCAGAAUUGCUGUGGCUCUGAACUUGGUAACACGGAGCUGAGCACGCUUGGAGUUCGCUGCUCCCUGACCGCGUCACAUUUUGCUGUGGUGGUGUAUGAAAAGUCCAAGCAGUGCAAUCUUCAGUGUCCUCGUCAGCUGAAGGGAAUUCAGCGUUCUUCCUCUUCACGUUAAAACCUCUGUAUAUAAUUAGGACGUUCUCGUUAAUGUUGAGGUGAAAUGACAUACGCAGAGAAAUGAGGGAAAUCCAGUCCUGUGCGUUCCGAAGGUCUCGCUUCUUGUCCCAUCGUCUCUAACGUUGUUUUCUUUACUGUCUGCAGUUCAGUCAGUGUGUAUGUUGAAAAAUCCAUUGCAGCAACUGUGUUUGAGUCCUGACAGUUACAAAUGAUAGAGGGAACAAAGGAUUUAUAUAUUUUUUUGUACAGAGUUUUUUCUUAAACUGUAUAAUUUUGUAAAUAUUUUGCUUUUUUGUGUACUAAAACUACCAGCGUAUAGAUUUCAAUAAGAACUGUUGUAUUUUUGUAUUUGGAAAAUGAAAACUACAGUGAAUGAAUGAAGCUGUAAGAAAAACUGCAGUAGCCUUUGCCGCACGGAGCGGGAUUCCUUUUCAUAUGGUUUUAGCCGGGCCGGGCCGGCAGGAGGGGGCUGCGGUGCCGCUGCUCGCUGCUUUGGGGAGAGCUUGGCCUGGUUGCUUUGCUUUUCUUCCCGUUUUCCUUCAGCGUGCGCGUGGGCAGGCUUACGGAAACCCUCACGUGCCGUCCCAGGCCUGGUUUCUAAAUGCUGAGGCGAAAAAACGAGAUGUGCGUCUGAACGUAGCGUGCGUACCUGAGCAGGCUGUGGCCUUGCUGGCAGCGGGAGCGAGGGGCAGCGGAGCCGUGUCCGACCCCCGGGGUUUCAGGAGCGGGACGUUCCAAAGCGACCCGAGUUUUGCCCAGGCUCACGGCUCUCCCUGUAACUCGGCGCGUGCUGGGCGACCCUGGGCCGUUCUGGGUGCUGGUGCUUGGUGGCAGGGCAGCGCUGUUUGCUGCGUUCUGGUGCCGCUGCCCCAUGCGAUGCGUUCAGAGCGCUGAGGGGCAGCGUCUGCAGAGCGCGUGCAGGAAGCGGCGCCGGUCGCAGCGGGAGCUUCGUGUGUGAGCCGCGGGGCUGGGCCGGCUUCGCCUCCCGCUGCUGCUGGGUGCCCCUAAGCAAGAAGGACAGAAACCCGAGGGCUGGGAAGGUCAACGGGGAAACAGGCGCCUGCUUACUGUGAAAAUCCGCUUCGCUUCUUAACGAAAUCAUGUGAAAAGGAAUAAAGUUCCCCUUGGUGUAUAGUAAAUUGUACCAUAGUUUUUACAAAAUGGUGAACUUGUGUAAUAGUGUAAUAGGAGAUAUUGUUGAAUUUCUAACUGUUUAUACAUUUAAAUUCAUAUAUGUAAUGUUUGUUUUAUUGAUUACAACCUGAAUUUCUAAGAUGCAUGUUGACUUUUUUGCAAUAAAGAUAUGCUAUGGGAAUGGUUCAAAACUGAGAAAAGAAAAGGAAAACUAACUUAAAUAAAUUGGACAGCAGAACCAUUCCAAAAAACCCAACCACC